AGGAGAAGAAUAUCAAUAGAAGAGAAGAAGAGUAUGGAGGCAGUGAAGCUAUGUAGUUUAUCUGCUUCUUUUAGGCAUAUCCUUCAUUUCACUUCCACCAAACACACUUUUAGUUCACUCCUUCUCCGCUGCUGCUCCUCCACCACCGCCGCCACCAAAGUCCCCAGCCGCAGCCGCCGCUCCUCCACCUCCACCUCCACAUCAGACCGCGAAGCUAUUCGCGCCCUUCGCCUCAAAAAGGUAGAAGAGUUGAGGAGCAAUGGGGUUGAGCCAUAUGCAUAUAACUGGGAAAGGAGUCACAGUGCUAAUCAGUUACAAGAGAUAUAUAGGCAUUUAGCUAAUGGUGAAGAGUCUAAGGACGAGAGUGAUAAUGUGUGUAUAGCUGGUCGAAUUGUUGCUCGUAGAGCUUUCGGAAAGCUUGUUUUCUUAACUCUCCGGGACGACUCUGGAACUAUUCAGCUUUACUGUGAGAAGGAGCAUCUUUUGAAUAAUGACUUAGAGAAAUUGAAGACACUUGUUGAUAUUGGUGACAUAUUGGGUGCCACUGGCUCCAUGAAACGUACAGAGAAAGGUGAGCUUUCAGUUUGUGUGAAUUCUUUCACUAUUCUUACAAAAUCUCUUCUUCCACUACCGGACAAAUAUCAUGGUUUAACUGAUGUAGAUAAGCGCUACCGCCAGCGGUAUGUUGAUAUGAUUGCAAAUCCUGAAGUAGCUGAUGUGUUCCGCAAAAGAGCAAAGGUUAUAUCUGAGCUUCGCAAGACAGUGGAAGCAGUAGGUUUUCUUGAAGUUGAAACUCCAGUUCUACAGGGAGCAGCUGGUGGAGCAGAAGCUAGGCCAUUUGUGACAUAUCAUAAUUCACUUGGAAGGGAUCUUUAUUUAAGAAUUGCAACAGAGCUUCAUUUGAAGAGAAUGUUGGUUGGAGGAUUUGAGAAAGUAUAUGAGAUUGGUCGAAUAUUCAGAAAUGAGGGCAUUUCCCCUCGACAUAAUCCAGAAUUUACUACUAUAGAGAUGUAUGAAGCAUAUUCAGACUAUCAAAGCAUGAUGAACAUGGCAGAGGAAAUUGUCACUCGCUGUGCUAUUGCUGUUCAUGGGAAGCUAACAAUUGAUUACCAGGGGAUAGCGAUUUGUCUAGAGCGGCCCUGGAGGAGAGAAACCAUGCAUAAUCUUGUGAAAGAGGCCACCGGAAUUGAUUUCAAUGAGCUUCAAAAUGAUCUAAAAGCUGCCAAAGAUACAACUUUGAAGAAUCUUGAGCCUGUGCUUGAAAACAAGGAUAGAUCCUCAAUUGAAGGGUGCGCUUCUUUGGGCCACCUCCUUAAUGAGGUUUUUGAAAUUUUUGUAGAGCCAAAGCUCUUGCAACCCACAUUUGUUUUGGACUAUCCUAUUGAGAUCUCUCCUCUGGCAAAACCACAUCGAAGGCAUGAAGGCUUGACUGAAAGAUUUGAGCUCUUCAUCUGUGGUCGUGAACUUGCUAAUGCAUUUUCUGAAUUGACUGAUCCUAUGGAUCAGAGAGGACGCUUGGAAGAGCAAGUGAGGCAGCACAAUGAGAAGAGAAAAACUGUUUUACAAGCAAAUCAAGAAGAGAAUACAAAUGAACACGAGGAUGAUUCAUAUGAAGUGACCCUUGAUGAUGACUUCUUAACGGCUUUGGAAUAUGGAAUGCCUCCUGCUUCAGGAAUGGGACUUGGAAUCGACAGGUUGGUGAUGCUUUUAACAAACUCUGCUAGUAUUCGAGAUGUUAUAGCAUUUCCCGUGCUCAAAAUUCAGCCAUAGGUUUCCUCCCGGCAUUCAAGAAACAAUGAGUGAGUUAAUCCAAAAGAAGAUUUCGCAAGGUAUUUUGUUGUAUUUUAGGUUGAUAAAAUAUGAUAGGACAUUUUGAGCUAUAUGGCAUUUUUGGAGGUUUCAUGCAUCAUUCAUGAUAUGUGAUUGAGGAUCAUUUAUCUUUUGGAGAUUUCCAUGUAUCAUUUAGAUUUGAAUGUUGGGAGUAAUUUCUUCUCCCAGGAGUCCGAUAAAGGCGAGACAAGCAUCAUGUAUUUAAUGAUUUUUCCAAAUAAUUAUUCUAUGCGACUCCAUGAGGAGCUUUCCGCAUAAAUUCGUAACAA